AAACCGAACAUGUGUUGAUACGCGGCGCCUAGUCCUCGUAUUCGUCUCCUAUAAAACUCAGAAAAUGGAGGAACCGCCUCUGCCUUCUCAUAUCCCACCGCUAUCUCCUUAGAUUGCUAAAUUUCUUUAUAUACACAAACCAGUUUUUAUUGUCAAGAACUAAAGCUUUUCCAAGACCCUUUUCAAUUCUUUGUUUGUUUUUUUUUUUUUUUUGUUUUGGAGCACAGAAAAAGAAAAGCUUAUAUCACUUUCUCAGUGUCUCUGCCAUGCCUGCUAAUAACAAUGAUGAUUCAGAUCUUUCAAUGGUUCUUCCAAGGGUUCUUAUUGUCUCCAGGCGAACCCUUCGCAAAAACAAGUUUGUUGAUUUUGUGGGAGAAUUCCAUCUAGAUCUUAUAGUAAGCUAUGGAGCAGUGCCAGUGAUAGUUCCUAGAGUAACUGGAGUUCACAUGCUAUUGGAAAGCUUCGAGCCUAUCCAUGGCGUCCUUCUUUGUGAAGGUGAAGAUAUUGAUCCAUCCCUUUACGAUGCAGAGCUAUCAGGUAUUUCACCAGAAGAACUUGAAGAAAUCAGGAAAGUGCAUGCAAGUGAUACUGCCAUUGAUAGAGAGAAAGACACAAUUGAACUAGGACUUGCAAAAUUAUGCCUUGAAAGAAACAUACCAUAUUUGGGGAUCUGCAGAGGGUCGCAAGUUCUUAAUGUUGCCUGUGGAGGUACAUUGUAUCAAGAUGUAGAGAAAGAACUUUCCAAGAAAAUACCUGAAGAACAAAGAAUUAUGCACAUAAACUAUGAGAAUUAUGACGGGCACCGGCACAAAGUGCAGGUUGCGGAAAACACUCCUUUACACCACUGGUUUAAUGAUUCAUUGGAGGAAACUAAAAUGGAGAUCAUGGUUAAUAGUUAUCAUCACCAAGGUGUUAAGAAAUUGGCUCAAAGAUUCGUGCCAAUGGCUUUUGCUCCUGAUGGUUUGAUUGAAGGAUUCUAUGAUCCUGAUGCUUACAAUCCUGAUGAGGGAAAGUUUAUUAUGGGUUUACAAUUUCAUCCAGAGAGAAUGCGACACCAAGAUUCAGAUGAUUUUGAUUACCCUGGUUGCCCAGCUGCAUAUAAGGAAUUUGUGAAGGCUGUAAUUGCAUAUAAGAAAAGGCUUAAUUGCUCAGCAUGCGUGCCGAAGGCUCCCAAGCUUAACCAGGAACUGGAGACAAAGAGAAAGACCAUUGUCAGAAGUUUCUCAAUUGCAAGAGACAUGUAUAACUCAGGAAGAGGAAUGCCUUUGGGCCAAGAACCUGAACUGGAAGUUGGAGCAGAAUUUCUUGAGGCAAACACAGCAUUGAGCUUGCAGCAAGAGAACAGGCUGAAGCAAAUGGGUGCAACAGUGAGAAACGCUUCCGUGUACAGGGAAAGAUUAAAGAUGAAUGAGGAGAGAGAGAGAAUUGCAAGAAUUGUAAUGGGGAAAAUGUCAAUUGGACAACUAUCCGAUCUCAUUUCCUUCUAUCACGUGAUGGGAAAUAUAUGCUCAGAGGCUUUGGAGAGGAAGCUGCAAGACCGUGUAGAUGAAGAGGUUGAGUUCUAAAUGGCAGUGCUCUACCUUGGACUGUUUGUUUGUUUGUUUUUUUUAUUCAUUUGGCCAAGUCUCGGAAUCACGCUGAAACUGCGACUACAAGUAACUUUGUAACAAGAAAUCAAGUAAUAACGGGAGUUUUAUAAAUGUGUACAAUCUGUUUUCCCGGCAA